AUGAAGGAAGGAAGGGAUCACGUACCAGCAAAGGAGAGAUCGACUGUUCUUACUCAGUCUAACUUGACUGAUUCGUCUAAUUGGCUGCGGGUUGACAAGAAGUACCCCCACCGAAUUAGGGAGUUUGGAAUAAUGAGGAGGUCGUCACCAGGACGAGAUGAACAAAAAGAUUGUCGCUCUGCACUUCACUUCUCCGCUGCACGAAGGAUGGCGAAGACUAGUCUAGACUUGAUAAACCUGGAUUAUGAGCUUGGAGAGUCACUUUGGUCGUUCCUUACAAGAUUCAAUAGAGCAUGCCUUGAGAUCCCAUAUGUGCAGGUAGAAAAAGCCAUUUCAGCACUAGUAAGAACGGUAAGGGAUGAAGCAUAUGUACGCUCAUUAACCAAGAAAUGCCCAAAGACUAUGGGAGAACUCUAUGCAAGGGGGGAUAAGUUCAUGCAGUCAGUAGACAUGAUAAAGGCUCGAGCACCCAGGGAAGAACUGAGAGAGAUCUGCCUCCACCAAAUAAGAAGCAAUGAAAAACUGAAGGAAGAAGUGAUAAAAGAAGGGAGGAACAAUCUAGUAAGAAGACUGACCAGGGUCCAAUCCCUUGAAGUAGGCAAUAGGGAUAUAUUGAAGUGGCCUAAGAAAAUGAGAGCCCCGACUGCAAAACAUACUUCAAAUAAGUAUUGUCUGUUCCACAAAGACCAUGGUCACGACGUUGAAGGUUGUAGACAUCUAAAGGAUGAGAUUGAAGGUCUUAUUAGACGAGGCUAUCUAAAGUAG